UUUUUUUAAUGCGGUUACUAUCGAUAGAUCUGAGAUAUCCUACAUAUCGGUUAUCGACGCAAGGAGCAUCGAUCAUGUACCGUGGAAAGUACAUAUCGAAAAAGAUGAUCGUGGGAAGAUUGUUAGUUGGCAACAAAGUUACGCCGGUCUAUUUUGCGACGAUCCGCGAGGAAGGGUUAUGUAAAUGAGGCGACAUGGGGGACAUUUAAUGACGAGGGAAGACGUUGCGACGAAAGUUAAUGGAAAUUAGCUGGGCAUCCCAAUUAUGCGAAAUUAACGGUGUGUCGAGACACCGAGUCGCAUUCGCAUGCAUGGUGUGUCGUAACGGUGUGCGUUUUCCAUUAACUCGCAUUGCAACGAGCGUAAAUUGUUAGGUAUGUAAUUAAGUUUAGCGUUUCACGCGUGUGUGAAGAAAUCGCGCUCCUUGUCAGAUGUUCAUACGCAUCUUCCCUAAAUUGUUAGCGAGCAUUCAUUUCAUUUUGCAUGUUCAGUGACGUCGACGAUCAGAAAAAUUUGAACGCUUGAAGUUGGCAAUUAGGACAUUUAUUGUAACGUGUGAAAAGUUGCUAAGUUCAAGUCUUAAAUUUUUAUAAACACUUGUGUGUAUGUACAUCAAGCACGUUAAUAUCGAUAUUAGUGAGACAAGUAUAUUAAAUAAAUGAUGAGAAUAGAGCCUGUUUUCAAAUUCAUACAAUAUCUUUUUAUUUGUAUGAAAAAUUAUAUAAUUAUAGAGCCUUCAAUUUGUUGUAGGCUAGCCUAACCUAAAACGGCAUCACGCUGUUCUGGAAUGCAAUAAAAUACGAACGGCGACCGCUUCUUAACCCCGCGCAAAGCAUGUAGAUCUCUUCUUUUUUUGCCAUGUCGCGGAGUUGCGUCAAUACCCGCAAUGCGUAAUAGAAAAUCGCUGGAGAGACCGCAAUGCUUCUUUCCCCCCUUUCAUUGACCUCCACGAUGUGGAUGUCCAUUCUUUCGAAACGAUACAAUCGCGAGGUCGUGAGGAAGAGAGCGGAGGUAGAGCACACGUUCCCGGUUCUACAUAAUCUCUUACAUAGAUCGAUACCUCAGGGAUACUUCUGCAAUACACUGUCGAAAUCCUGGUCGAGUUCGCACCGCUGGUUUACUGCUGACUCUGGCACCAUAAUUGGACGAUCGAACCAGAGAGAAAAAAAUAUGCAUUCACAGAGUUAUGCAUUGAAGGCCACAUGUGCUCCUCGAAGGACAAAUCUUCUGACGUGAUUUAUAAGAUCUGAAGGAUGCUGAAAUCUUGAGGAUUAAUCAUGAAAAAUCGCAUCCAUUCAAUCCUACUAAUUAUUUUCUGACGUGACCGCGCCGCUUCUCGAACAAACUCAUGCAUGGAAUUCGAUACAUUUCGUGAGAUUUAUAUCAAGACUAGGCCCGAGAAAGAUUUCUUGCCAAGAUGAACCUUCUCUCUAUUGUAACACAAGCAGCAAGACAGAUAAAUGUAUAGGAUGUAAGUCAAAGGAAUAAGAUCUCAAAGAAUAUUGGAAUCUGUACUUGGAUAAGAUGCAAUGUUUCGAUAUGAUGUCGUCGUAUCUUGCUAUCAAACUCGAAGCUCACAAUUGCUCGCAAUUUUUUAUUUCAACUAUACGUUGCAUCUAACUCGUGAAAUACGUCUUUUGAUGAGACUGGAAAGUAAUGUGACUUUUAUAAAUAAUGCAAACAGAGAGAGAGAGAGAGAGAGAGAGAGAGAGAGAGAGAGAGAGAGAGAGAGAGAAAAAUAGCGUGCUCGGGAAUUGAAGUGCGCACGAAUUAUCACAUUUUCUCCUAUUUCUACGUUGUGGAUCGCCGAGGACCUCGUGUAAUAUCGAAGCGCUGUGAUUUUAGGCUACGAUUUUUCAAUAUAGAUUGAGAGUUUGGCUUUUUAUCUCCAUGGGAAUCUAGACUAGAUCACGUACGCUAUCAUAUUACGAGGCGAGCGGGAUGGCUAUUGGGAUGCGAUCGUCUACGGCGAAGCGUGAGUACGGUGACCUAAGGUGGAUCGUUAACCGACGACUUACGUGCCGAUCGGCAAUACCUUGACGAUUUCAAAUGCGCUUCGGUUUACAGCGGCAGUUCCAUUUUAUGAAACUGUUUACGAUACCGAAAGCCAGGAGUUGGAGUCGCGCAAUUAUAUGGAUGCGUAAUAUUCUCGCGCACGCGGAUGCGAGCCUCGAACCGAUGAUCUCGCGGAUUAGUCUUUUAUAAUUCAUCUUACGUAAUCUUCGAAUCUUCGGCUAACCGGAUUCGAUUCUCUCGGCUAUAUAAUUAUCCGAAUAUUCAGAGAUGGUCUAAAUAAAAAGCGCGAGUUCUUGACGAGAUGAUAGCUCUCAUUAAUAACUCUUGCCGUAAUCAGCGAGGAAGAUAAAUUUUACGCCAUACGUGGGCGCGUUUGAGAACCGCGUUCCGCACAGGAGAUCAUCCUGGGUUACCCAGGCACCCAGUUCCCGACCUAGCGCACACGUGCGAACGCGCAGCACGAUCGUCGUACGUGCCACGCACGUAUCGGUCGAUGCGUUCCGGAGAUGCUCUCAACGCACGAUUGCGUAACGAGCCCGUUCGAUUGCGGAGCGCGCAUUGCUCUCCAUAAACCGCGGCAGCGGCGGCGGCUCCGAUGACGACGACGGUGAUGACGACGCCGCGACCCCGCGGGUAUAAUUCCCGCGUUGAAAGAGCUGAUAUAAUUACAAGGGAGAAACGCGCGACGAGUACAGACUGCAUCAUCGGCUCGGCUCUGUUUUUCCACGCUUUCUCACCGCUUCCCUCCUCAUCCUCAGGAUCUCAUCUCCUCCGAUCCUUGCUUCACUUCGCUUUCAUGCCGAUCCCAUUGGCCGACCUUCGGAUCCAUUCGGAGUUGCCUGCCGAUCUGUAUCAACUUAGCGUUGCGUAAUCAUCCCUCAUUCUAGCUCGAGGUUUGUCAGAGGCCUCCGCCACCCUGUCGUCCCCUCCGAUGAUCCUCUCACUGUGCGCGUUUUCGCCCGGCAGCUGUAAUACCUUUUUUUCUCUCUUCCUCUGUUCUGAGCACUUCUCGUCAACGAGGAUUCGUUGGCGAAUCUUCGAGGAACGCAUCAUCGGAUUAUCUCUAACCAUGGUUCUAUCCGCGGUUGCUCAUUGGCUGGUGGGAGGAAGACGAUCUUCGCGCGGGACCAGUAUAUAUAAGUAUGCUGGAUUCGACCUGGAUACGUGCAGACAAUUAUCAUCAUCGGUUCGACGAUACACGAUAUAAGAUUUAAACAGUGCGACACAAUUUAACAUUGCUGAGAUUUACUGGACGAAUAUACGCGCAACUAGCGAGAUGAGACCGCUCGCCAUUGUGUUGCUUAUUGCCAUUAUUGGUACCUCUUAUGCCGCAAGAUUGGACACUACUUAUCUUCCACCUAGUAGUGCCGGAAGUGCGGGUGGUGCAGGAUUGAUUCAUCCUCCAUCGUCAGGAGACGAUAGAGAUGUACCUGUUAAAUAUAGUGGUCCAGUUGGUUUCGGAAGUCUAGGUGUUUCUGGUGCUCCAAGUGGUCAUAGUAGUUUUGAUAGUGGUCCUAAUAGUUUUGGCGGUCCUAGUAGCCAUGGCGGAUCAAGCGGAUUUGGCCCCGGAGGUGGUGGCGGCACUUAUGCAGGCGGCGGACAUGGUCAAGAGAUACCCAUAAUUUCUUAUAGCAGCGAGAAUAUCGGUGAUGGAAACUAUCAAUACAGCUAUGAAACUGGAAACGGUAUUUCCGUACAAGAAACGGGUCAUCAACAAGGAGAAUCCGAAUCGGUGAGCGGAUCUUUUUCUUAUACUGGGCCUGAUGGCAUGCAAUAUUCGAUCACUUAUACGGCGGAUGAAUACGGGUUUCAUCCUCAAGGCGCUCACUUACCGACACCGCCUCCGAUACCACCGGAAAUUCAACGAGGCGUUGAAUUGGCACUCGCCGCCGAAGCUAGGGGAGAGAAUCAGGAUGGAGGAUAUUCACAUGGAAGAGGCGGCGAAGGAGGUAAUCAUGGCGGCCAUGGAGGUAAUGUGUAUCAGGGACCGAAUUCGUACCAGAUAAGUUCAAGCGGCGGCUAUCAAUACUAGGCAGUGGAUUGGUGAGGAUCAUUAUGUGCAUACCAUAUGCAGGCAUGCAUACAAUUUUCCAUUUAUCCAUUUAUUUAUGUAUAUAAUGAUAUAUAUCAUUCGUGCAAUUUUUUAUUUAUAUAAGGUAACGUAACUUUUAUUUAUAAAAUAUCCACGCUCUAAUUUUUUUCUUGGAAUUGCUUUUGUACCAAAAGCAACCUUUCAAGUGCUUUUUAGAUAUUGUUAAAUCAGUCAUAAGAGAUAUAUACCACAUAAGAAAUAUAUCAAGUGAAUGCACGAUACUGUAGUAAUUGAAAAUUUAACUGUGGCAUGUAUUGCACAUUAUUUUUUUAUGCGCUUACAUCUAUAUAUGAUUAUUAUAUUUAUUUUGAGAUGUAUAUCUUUGAAUAAAUAAAUGGUAUAUUAACGCUGUGAAAAUAUGUAUUGUGUAAAUUAUUUUACAUAUGUACAUAUAAUAAAAGAAAUAACACUGUAAUCUAAAUUUUUAUCUUUUUUCUUAUAUCUAUAAAACAAACUUUAUAUAAAAGUACGUAUCAUUAUAAUAAAACAUUUUCGCAUUACAAUUUAAAAGUAUUUUAUACCAAUGUGAUGUAAUUGAUAUUAAGUUAAACGCAAAAAGAUGUACUAAUACAUAUAUAUUAACAAUACAAUAUCAUCGCUUCCGAAUAAAAGUGUUAACUCAAAAGCCGUUUGAAAAGGGCGUUAACUUAGAAGCCGAUUGAAAAGAGUAUUAAUUCGGAAACCGGUGGAAAAAGACGUUAAUUCAGAA